AUGCAUUUUUUAUAUUUUUAUAUAUUCUUUUACUUCUACCGUUUUCCUUUUAUUUUGUAUCUUCAUUUCUUCUUUAUCUUCUUCUUAUUCUUUUUUUUCCCGUUCUUUUUAUAUUCCUUUUUUAUUCUUCCAUUUGUUAUCUCUUAUACUCUCUUUUGUACUGAUGAAAUAGCCGCCUUAGAAAUUCGGAUUCCUAUCGGCGGGCCGGACCGGAGAACAUUUUGUCUGUCAGCGGGCCGGACCAGGAUCAUAUUGUCUGUCAGCAGGCUGGACUGGGAUCAUUUUGUCUGUCAGCGGGCCAGACCGGGAUCAUUUUGUCUGUCAGCGGGCCGGACUGGGAUCAUUUUGUCUGUCAGCAGGCCGGACUGGGAUCAUUUUGUCUGUCAGUGGGCCGGACUGGGAUCAUUUUGUCUGUCAGCGGACCAGACCUGGAUCAUUUUGUCUGUCAGCGGGCUGAACUGGGAUCAUAUUGUCUGUCAGCAGGCCGGACUGGGAUCAUGUUGUCUGUCAGCUGGCCGGACCGGGAUCAUGUUGUCUGUCAGCGGGCCAGACUGGGAUCAUUUUGUCUGUCAGCAGGCCGGACUGGGAUCAUUUUGUCUGUCAGUGGGCCGGACCGGGAUCAUUUUGUCUGUCAGCAGGCCGGACCGGGAUCAUUUUUCUGUCAGCGGGCUGGACCGGGAUCAUGUUGUCUGUCAGCGGGCCAGACCUGGAUCAUGUUGUCUGUCAGUGGGCUGGACCUGGAUCAUUUUGUCUGUCAGCUGGCUGAACUGGGAUCAUUUUGUCUGUCAGCAGGCCAGACCGGGAUCAUGUUGUCUGUCAGCAGGCCGGACUAAGAUCAUUUUGUCUGUCAGCGGGUCGGACCGAGAUCAUGUUGUCUGUCAGCGGGUCGGACCGAGAUCAUGUUGUCUGUCAGCGGGCCAGACUGGAAUCAUGUUGUCUGUCAGCGGGCCAGACUCGGAUCAUUUUGUCUGUCAGCGGGCCGGACCGGGAUCAUGUUGUCUGUCAGCGGGCCGGACCGGGAUCAUGUUGUCUGUCAGCGGGCCGGACUGGGAUCAUUUUGUCUGUCAGCAGGCUGGACCGCUAUCAUGUUGUCUGUCAGCGGGCCGGACCAGGAUCAUUUUGUCUGUCAGAAGGCCCGACUGGAUGCCAUUUUUCUUGUUAGCGAGCCAGAACUAG